AGGUCCUGCUUAAAUAGUCACAGCCUCAAAGGCAAAGACGCUUUCAGGAGUCUACGCCUCGACGGGAAGGACAUUGGAAGGAAGAACAGAAGAGUAGACGAGGAGAAAGAUGGUGAAAGUCACUACAUACUUCGCCAUGUCAUUUGGCGCCUUCAUUUUCUGGCAAUCCAUGGACAAACUCCACGUCUGGAUCGCUCUCCAUCAGGACGAAAAGCAAGAGAGAAUGGAAAGAGAAAUGGAGAUCAAGAGGGUCCGACAAGAGCUACUGCAACAAGCCAAGCAAAAAGAUUCUUUGGCAUAAGCUUCUCAGUUGUUAGAUGUGGCCCUGGCCUCUGAACUUCCUAUUUUGUAAUGUUGUGUUACUUUUCCUUAUUUUCUUAAUAACAGAUUCCGCAUAAACAUAUUAAACAUUUCAAUCUGAAUGGCUUAUUCUCAGUGGAAAGUUACCUUGUUCUUUUCUCUUUUUUUUUCCCCCACCGAUUAUCAAUUGUUGGGAAUAUUUAGUGGUUGAAAUCAGUCUUAUGUGGUGACUGCAUCAUGGAUGGAUUCAAAUAACAUUCGUUAUGUGCCAAAUAUUAUCUGGCAUUGUUUUGUGCUCAA